AUGUUAUUUUUUAAAUUUUAAAAACAGUUAUUCUUGAGAUUCGAUUCAUUUUUCUUUACUAAAGUUCUAUAAUUUAACCUUAAAAAAAAAAAAAAAAAAUUUAAAUUAAAAGCAGUCUUCUUACUUCUUACCAAUAUUGCCAAUAAUAAAAAUUGGUUCGAAGUUACACAACACUCUACUACUAAAAUAGCCUACUUAUCUAUUCUCUACUUACAAUAGCUAUUCUAAAAUUUAUCAUUACAAUUUUGACAUGGUGCAGGUAGUUGGCCUAUUUUAAUUUUAGGUUAAUUUGAAUAACAUUAACAUGGAGCAUGCAUGUUUAAGUUUUUAAGUUUAGUGAGCAUUUAUUUGAUCUAUCACAUUUGCCAAAAAUUAUUUGGGGAGAGUGCAUUUCCAUUUACUUAGAAUAACUUAGAUUACUAUACACAUGAGUGUUUUCCAGGCUGUGUAAUCCUAAGCCUAAGCCUUCUUUUUUGGCUUGAUGGAAUCUGAGAACUCUUCAACAAGGAAUAAAUUAAAACCACUCUCAUUAUACAUAUUAAAUGGAAGAGCAUAGAGAAAACGCUUAUGCUUAGAGUGUAUGGUAUAAUCUAUUUGUUUUAAUAUUAAGGCUCAACAUUCCUUUCCUGGCCUAAUUCUUGUAUAGAUUAAACUCAAAUUUUUUUUUUUUAAAUACCCAAAGGUAAUUGCACACUUGUUUCCCACGUUCUUCUGUGUUUGUGCAUUACUAUUGUUUUUCACACUGUCGCCAUCUUUGUUGCCAUGAUACCAGAUAUGUAUUGGCAAUGAAGAGGGCGGCCAUGUGAAAAGAAAAAGUAGUGCAUAAACACACCUGCUUACAAAAAAAUCAUGAAUGUAAUGGACAUUUUUUUUAAAGCUAAAAUCCUUCCAAUCUAAAAUGUACAACUCUACCUUACCUGAAUACUAAGUUAGUAUCCCUAACUCAAGUGUAAAUUCACCCCUAAAUUAGUCCCCCUAACUUAAGCUCAAAAUUAGUUCCCCCAACUUGAGCAUAAAUCUUCAAACCUAAAAUUUAUGACCUAAUGUGAACCCUAAAACCAUGUGUUUGUGUGCGACAGUUACACACUACUAUGAAAAUUGUAAAAUAUUCAAAAUAAAGAAAACCCAAUGUCCAGUUUCAUCAAAAUUUAAUACACUUUUACUUUUUUUAUAAAUCCAAAAGAUGUCAGAAAAGUCAAAAUCCAUUUUACAUAAUUAUUACAUAAUGAUGACCCAGUCAAAAUGGCAGUCUAAUAAAUGGCCUCAUUUUGAAAUUUUAUAAUUAAUCUCCAAAUGAAAUAUUACUUUCAAAAAGCCAUCAAUCAAAAACAUUCUAUCUGCCUAAUAAUAUAAAAAAAGAGAUUAGUUAACUCAAGUAACCAGCGACUUAACAAAGGGGAUUUCACUCAUCAGGAUCUCUGGAAUUUCACUCAUCAGAAUCUCGGGAGUUAAACGUCAAGUGUACAUUGUUCAAAAUAUGUAUGCAACCUUUUUUUGAGUGGAGAGUCAUUUUAAUAUUUAUAAAUUAUAUCUGCUAAGAAAAUAUUUAGGGAGUUGCAGGCAGGGUUAGAUUUUUUUUAAUUACCGGUAAUCAUGAAAAGUUUUGCAUUCAAUUUAUAAAACAUUAAAGAGACACAAGCAGUGCAAGAGCCAGGGGUUGCAAAUCACUGAGCUAGGCUCUAUCCAAAAUAGAGUCUUUAAUACUUAUUUAUAGUUUCUUUGACAAUAUGUUACAUCUCUUUUGUUGAUACCGGGGGUAUUAUAAAAGUACAUAAUUUAGUGAAGUUUAUUCAUUGGGACAUUAAUUUUGCAUCUAUCAAAUCUCAAUCAAAUCCUUUCAGGAUCAUGGGGAAAUCAAAGGAAAAGAGCAAAAGCAAGAAAAAGGACUAUGAAUACCGACAUAAAAAGAAGAAAAGGUAAGAAAUAACUAGACUAUACUUAAUAUCACAAAUUAAAUAGUAAGGAACACAAUGGGGUAUAAUUUAAAAAGCACCACAGCAUUGCCAAAUGUCACAAAAAUUAUUGCUUUACCUGGAAUAAAGACAUUAAAAGAUUUUAUAUCUUAUUAUGACUUGUACUUGUAUGCUAGUUAGGCUACAUUUGCACGAUAUCAAUUUUGUGAUGUAAAAAUUUAAUGAAACUAGAUAUUUGUGGAUAUGAACUGAUAACACUAUUAUAAUUAUAUGUAUGUAUGCGUGCAAUGCCAUAUGAAAACAAAUGAUCAUAUAACAUUUUCAUUGAGAUUUUCAUUAUUUGUGGAAUGCUGCUAAUUUUUUUAUACUUUUAUGCUUUUUGAUACUGUAAUAUCAUUCUUAAAUAUGCUAUAAAUUUGUUUAAUUUUUCUUUUGUUGGCAAAUAUAAAUGUUUAAAACAACUAUUUUGAUAGAUCUAGUCAUAAACACAGAUCAGACACUGACAGCUCAGAUAAUGACAGAUCAGAUUCCGAUUCAAGAUCAAGGUCAAGGUCUCCAGUUAAAUCCAGGAAACGUUCACAAAGACGAAGGUCAAGAUCUACAUCAAAAUCCAGCCAUUCCAGCUCUUCCUUCAGACCUAGAACUGAAUCUUUUGAUCAGCAACCACACGAGAUAAAGACAAAAGAAGAAAUACAGUAACAAAAUUGUUUACUAAUUUUCUUUCGCUAAAAUUUCAAUUUUAUCAGGUCAUCAAUGAAGGGUCGUAACAUAUGCUGUUUCCUUAUCUAAAUUCACUUUUGAAAAAGAGAAAUAUUAAUUUCCAAUUAUUCCUGUUAUUAUUGUAUGAAGCCUCGUGUAAAGGAUGUAUUAUUGUAGAGUAAGUUCUUGCUUUUAUCCUUUCAUGAUGCUUUUCGUGCGCUUGUAGUUAGUAAGGGGUAACAAAAUUGCAUAGCUGUUAUAAAGACUAGUAUAUUACCUAAUGCUAAAAGUACUUUCUUUGUGCUAAUAGAGACAUAUUAUAUUGAGCUACAAAUACAAAUUUAUUCCUUCCUUUUCAGAAAAGAAAAAGCAUUAAUGAAAGCUUUGGAGACACCAGAGGAAAAAAGAGCCAGGAGACUGGCUAAAAAGGUGUGUAACCUUUAAAAGAUGGUAUCAAAUUUUAGAUCAAAGACAAUUCAAAUUAACCCCACUACAUUUUCCUUUUUUACAGAAUACGUUUGGAAGUGUUAUAUUGAUUUCAUUGUUUUUUAUUACGGUACUAAUUGAUCCUACUGAUUUGUUUUAGCCUAAAUGUCAGUAAAUUUUUUAAUGUCAUUGUGUCUAAGUUCAUAUUUUUUUUAAAUAAAUUAAUUCUUUUUAGGAAGCUAAAGAACGUAAAAGAAAGGAACAGAUGGGCUGGGACAAAGACUACAUAGUAGGUAUUUUAUUGAUGCAUGCACCACACUUCAAGAGAAAGUUUAGCCUAAUAGAAUUAUUACCCAUCAAAUACCUAACAUUGAAUAUUUAGAAAAUAAUUAAUGAGAGUAAUCAUCUGCAAACUUUGUUUCUAUUGGUUUAUACAAGAAAGUGAUCAGCCUACGAAUUUUUUGCCUGGUUGAAGCUUGUACAAGGAAUUUUUAAUUUAGUUUUGAGGCAUAGAUUUAUCCUGAUUGAUGUUUUGGAUAUGACACAUUUUCAUGACAAGAAACAUCAAGUAUUUCAGGACCUCAGUUCUAGAAAACACACAACCUGUGGAUUGUAUCUUGCUGUAAAUUUUUGUGUAAAAAUUUAAUAAUUUCUUUUUUGAAUUAAGAAGGUUUUCAUCAAAUUUAAUUAAAAUUACUAUCCUCAAUCUGCGUACUCAGGGUUACACCAAUGUGGAUAAUCCUUUUGGGGAUGAACACCUCCUAGAUACCUUUGUAUGGACAAAAAAACUUGAAAAAGAAGGCAAGAAAGAUUUAGUGGCCGAAGAAUUGCAAGCCAUCUCUCGCUCCAAAAUGGUUCAAAACAAGGUAAGCCUAGUCUUCCUAAGAAGGAAUCCAAAAAGGCAAAAUAAUUUUUUGUUAAAAGAGAUCAUAUUGAUAUAUUAUUCUUAGUUCUUUAAUUAUUGGGAAAUAUUUGAGUAUGAGACAAUUUUUAUUUAUGAUACCACAAUAAUCUACUUUAUUUUAUUUUAAAGAAUAAUUUGGACUUUUUAAUUUAGCUCUACAUUUGUAUUUUAAAAUUAGUUUUCAGCCUUAGCGUUUGUUUAUGGUGUUCUUAGAUUUCAGGAUUCUUUGUUUGCUGCUUAUGAAAUUUUAUUGAUGAAUUUUUAAUAUUCUCAGCUUGUUAUUAUUAAUUGUGUUUAUAUUUCUUGAAUGGUUAUUAAUUUGAUCAAUUUCCAAUCUCAAAGAUGUGAUAGUGAGAAAUUUAAAUACAAGAACUUUGUUUCAUUGUUUUUAAAACCACUUGGUAAAUUCCUUUAAAUUAUUUCAAGAAAUGUGAGAACUUAUUUUACAAUUGAUUUCACCCAAGUCAACAAACAAAUAUUUACCCAUAGAAGGUUAUUUUUACUUGACUGUGUCAUAUUAAAUCUGAAGCUGUUAGUUAAUGGUAGAAAACAGGAUUAAUUGUCUUAUGCUUAUCGGUUUCUUUUUUAACAAGCCAGUAACAAUUUUGUUAACAGGUUGAGCUGGAGAAAGUAAAGAAAAGACGCCUUGAAAGAGAAAGAGAACAAGAAGAGAGGGAGAGAGAAAGGGUAUGUCUUGAAUCAAUAUUUAAUGGCAUCAAAACAUGAAAUUUAAUUAUGCAUCAAGUCCUUUUCAUGUCAUCCACCAUUUCUUAAAACUAUUCAAAGGUCAUUGUUUUAAGAAACUUGAAGCAUAUAUAUAUAGCCUUGAUACAACUUUUGGGUCUGCAAUAUUUUUUUUGAAAAAUUGUUUUAAAGUAAUACUCUUUAAUAUAAUGACAAAGCUUUUUUUUUUUAAAGAGUUGACAUAAAAAUAGUCAUUGUUACAUUACACAGGAAAUGUUACAAAGAGAAAAGGAAGCAGAUUACUACAAAGAAUGGGAGAAACAGGAAGAUGGGGUAAGUAACUCUGAGAUUUAAUAGUUUAGUCUGAUUUUGUUUGCAUGAGAUCUUAUAAGUGAAUUUUCUUGUAAUAAAUAAAUGACCAUGCUUUCAAACUACAUGACAUUAUAUCAUAACUUCUCAACAGUUUCAUCUUAAUCAAGCCAAGUUAAGAUCUGAGAUAAGGAUCAAAGAUGGCAGAGGUGAAUAGCCCUUGUAACUUUUUCAAAUAUAAUUUAAUUAUAAAUUUAAGAGAUGGUCAUUAUCUAAUGUAAACAUAAAUUCAAAUUGAUCAAAUAAAUUUUUUGGCCUCUUCUAUUUUGGGAGAAAUAUUUAUUAUUAAUAUUUAAAUCAAUAUUUUAACUAUUUCAAUCAAUCUCUUACAGAUAUGAAGGGGGAGGGGUGUUUGUAAACCCAUGGAAUUUUAUUUCUUGUUUUUGUAAUUCUUUAAAUUGGUAAUAGUGUUAAAUUAUUUCCUCAGCCAAGCCAAUCGAUUUGUUAGCCAAAUAUAUAAGUGCAGAAGAUGAUGAACUGGCUGUUGAAAUGCAUGAGCCAUACACAUAUCUUUAUGUAAGUUAUUUAAUUUUUAUCUGAUUUUACAUUUACAUAAAAUAAUUAAUCACAAAGACAUGCUCACCAAGCAAAAUAUUAAAAAGGCUAUACCUUUCUAAUAGAGUAAAAUUCAAUAAUAACUCACAUAUUUACAACAUGGGAAAAUUGAUAUCAAGUAAACAUGCCCACAAUUUAAAGACACUAAUGUUGUUGAUGAGAUUUACCUUUCUAGAGUCUCAUUAAUAUAACAUAAAGAUAUUCACACAAAUAUUUUAAUCAGAUUUCAACAAGGUGGAUAUCAGAUAACCUUUAGGUAACUUUAAACUGAAAAUAUAAACAAUUUAUGUAAAUAAGGCAAAAUAGACAUAUAGCAUUCAGUCUACAAAUCAAUUUUCAUUUAAUUUUAGAGUAAGCUUAUUUCUGUAUGUGCCUACAAUAAUAUUUGACAACCAUUUUGUGUUUACAUAUUUUGUCUGUGAUCUCUUCAGAUUUAGGGGUGCUUACAGAUUUGUCUAUGUUGAAUUGUGCCCAACAUAGAUCAAAUCAGAGACAUAAAGUAAACAAAAUCCAUAGUAACCACAACUCAGACUAAAACUAAUCAUAUGGAUUUUACAGGGUUUGACCAUUCAAGACUUAGAGGACCUGCUGGAAGACAUCAAGGUUUACCUUGAGCUGGAGGAGGGCAAAAAUGCUGACUACUGGAGAGACAUAAUCACAGUCACACGGGAUGAACUCGUCAAGCUACGAAAGGUGGAUUCCAACACCAGAGGUAGGUUAGGGGAAGGUUAUAGAAACCAAGGGGCAGAUGACUCAUCGGUAGGCUGUCGUGGACAGAUGAUUUGCAGUUUUAUUUUGCAUCAGCCAGGGAUCAUGCUUGGACACCAAAAAACAAUGGAUUGGUUUUCUCUACAAAUGACCUCAACGCUAUUCUUUAUCCAUGUGUAAAUAUAAUUAAAAUUAUUUUUUCUCUUGGAUACUUUUUCAAUUGAAAUUCCAUGCCAUUUCAGACAGAACACACACUUAGAUUGUAACCAAAUGUUGCAUAAAAUGUUUAGUUAGUAUUCCAUUAUGAUUGAGCAUGUUUACUUUCAUUAAUUGUAUAAUUCAAAUACUUUGCAGUGUGAUCAUCAAGCUCCCUAGGACUUUGGUUUGAAAUGCAAAGUGUUUGUUAAGACAUGAGGAUUAGUAUAUUUUGAUUUUUUCAAUGAAUUAUUUAUUGAAGUGUAACCUUUUUCUACUCUGGUACAGAAUACAUAGGGGAUAGACGAGAUGGAAUCAACCAGGCUGUCACCUCAGAGAUUGGGGAUAUUUUUAAAGGGAAAACAACCAAUCAGCUCAAACUUCUAGAGAAACAAAUAAAAGACAAACUUAGUGGUGGGGAGGGCAUAGACAUUGGUGAGACAUUCUCAAAUAAAGCUUUUUGUACUGUAACUCUCAGUUGAUGUAAUAGUAAUGUUUUAUUAUUUUAAAUAUUGUGUGGCGAAUUUUACUUUUUAUUUGCCACAACUAUUUUAUAAAAAGGUUGCCUACCUUUGUCUAGGAAUGAUUAUUCAAUAAUAAUAUGUUUCCUACGUUCAGAGGUAAAGACUCAACACAAUUUUCUCAUGUAAUGUAUCGCAGCCUUGAUUUUUGUCAUGUUUCAAUAGUGAAUAUGACAAGUUUAUGAGUUAAAUUGUAAUAUUAAUAGUGAAUAAACAACUUUUUGAGUUAAUUUGUAAUAAUGCAAAUGACAAGUUUACUAGUUAAUUUGUAACAGUACAGUAAUAGAAAAUAUGACAAGUUUAGUUGUAGUAGUGAAUAUGUUGUAAACACGUUCAAACUUCACUGUUUCAGGUUACUGGGAGUCACUGCUGCAACAAUUGAAAGCUCACAAGGCCAGGACGAGGCUGAGGGAGAGACAUCAAGAAGUAUUGAGGCAAAAACUCUUCAAGCUUAAGCGAGAGGUGAGGGAUAGGCACAAGAGAACCAAUUCCAUAAUAUGAUUCAAAUGAAUUUUAUUGUGCCAACAGUUUUUGUCUUGAUUUUAUUUGAUAAAGUUUUUUAUUUACAAGGGUAUCUGAAACUGUGCUUUAUACAAGAUCAAGGAAUGUAGAUAAAAUUUCUGAAAAGAAACUAUAUGGAUUAUGUCACAGAAUUGUUUUUUCAUGAACCCACAACUUCAUAUUUCUGAGGGGUUUUAAAACAUCUUACUGUUUAUAUUUAUAAUAUAUUGAUAAUGUUUGCCAUCUUUGCUUAACGACCUAAAAGACAAAUCUUUUGACUUAAAUUAAAAAAAUUAUUUAUAUUAUGCAAGAAACAAUAAGUAAUAUCCUGGCAUUUUGAAAUCCUUUCAUUAAAAUCAAAUUUAUUGAAAUUCAAUACCGACUUGUAAUGUUGCAUUAAUUACCCAGCCCUUACAAAUUAAAACCAAGAAGUUCACAAAUAAAUUCCUCCUCAUCCUCAUGUCACUUAGUCCUUUGACCGUUGGGGUGCCACAGAUGACAUGUGAACCAUCCUCCUCCAUUCCUCUCUGUCUUCAGCACUACACACUGCAUCGCCCAGUGUUAGUCCUGUCCACUCUUUGAUGUUAUCCUCCCACCUUUUUCUUUGUCUUCCUCUGCUUCUCCCUCCUCUUGUGGUGCCCUGCAAUAUUUCUUUGGCAAGACCUUGUUUCCUUGUUACGUGACAGUACCAAUAAAUAAAUUAAGCAGAGAAAAUAUUAUUGAAAAUAUAUUAAUGUUUGACAUUGUUGUUUGCCUCAUUGAUUUUGUUGCAAUCAUUUAUUUUAAAACUAUUUCAGCAAGGAAUUGAAUCAGCACCGUUGUUUCCUGUUGUCAAAGAUGAGAAAACAGGAUCCAGUCCAAAUGAAGUCAUAUCAUCAUCUAACCCUGGGGGAUCUACAAAACAACACCAAUCACCAAAGCCUGGAUCAUCCAAAGAACCGGAGGAUACAGAAGAGUAAGGCUUAUUCAAUAUUUGCCAUCAUUUCAUUGGAUUCAAGAAAACAAAAUUCAAUAGUUAUUUAUUAUUUACUAAUUUGCUUUCAGAGCAUUGAACAUUUUAUAUUAAUUAUAUUUAAACAUUUAUUUUCAAAUGAUUGUGAAAAAUAAAAUUUAACAGCUGUUUCAAAUAGAAACAACAAAAAAAUCAACAGAUACUGUCAAUUGUAUAUUUAACAUUUGUAAAAAAUAUAUACCAUAUUUUCUGGCAUAUAAGACGACUUUUUAAUCCAUGAAAAUCUUUUCAAAAGUCGGGAGUCGUCUUAUAAGCCGGGGUCAUCUUAUGAGCUGGUAUACGGUGUGCAGAAACUUCAGUGACAGGCACCAUCUUGUUCCAGUUUGGUUGACAGCUUAGAAAACAAACGGCAUGGCAGCUACCAUGGGUUUAUUGUCUUAUCCUUCCUUUCACAUGUUUUUAAUUUUUAUUUGGUUCGCGUUGGAAUAGUCUUAGAGUGUAGCCCAAACAGGAAAAGUAGGGGGUCGUCUUAUAUGCCGGAAAAUAUGGUAUUUAAGAGCUAAAAGAAUUCCAUCCAUCCCUGUGGCGCUACAGCCCAAGUGGGGCUUUGGUCUGUCUCAGCACAUUCUUCCACUCAGACCUAACUGAUGCUUUUCUUUUCAUUGCUUGGAUUCCCAGCUGCUGUAGAUCUUUUUCCACAUCAUCGAUCUAUUUAAGCCUAGGUCUGCCUUUGGGUUGUUUUCCUCAGGGGUUUUGGUGGUGCACCCUCUUCACCCCUCUGUCAUUUGGCAAUCGCUCUAAGUGUCUGCUCAGCCUAGUCCUGCCUUUUUUUUUACUUCUGCUACUAUAGGUAUAGACUGUUCUGUACAAUUUCAGGUUGGUUCUUGUCCUCCAUCUUCAUUCAUCCAUUAUUCGUCCAUAUAUUUUCCGGAGAACUUUUCUCUCUCAUGCUUAAUAUGUUUUCUGCUGUUUUUUGUUAGGGUCCAAGUUUCACUUGUGUAUGAUACAACUAGUCUGAUUACAGUUUUAUAUAUUGUUUUCUUUGUUUUUCUUGUAGUGUUUUACUUUUAAGUACUGAAGUAUGCCUUGUUUCCGGCCGAUAUUCUUUCUUUUAUUUCUGUUAGUAUUCAUUUCAUUUAAAAAUAUCCUAGGUAUAUGAAUUGAUGUACUUUUUCAAAAGUGCGAUUUCUAAUUUUAAUGGUUUCUUCUGACGGUUCUUCAUUUAGCAUAGUCAUGUUGUUUAUUGUUACAUGUAUCAAUCUUGUCAGUUUGUUGGGUAUGCUAAACUCCUGCAGAGUCUCAGACAUUUUCUCAUGAUGAUAUCAUAGGCCAUUUUAUAGUCCACAUACAGGGAUAUUAUAUUCAUAACAUUUCUCCCAAUAGGCAUCUGAUGGUGAAAAUGUUAUCAGUCAAUUAAUUAUAUUUAUUUACUAUCUUGUAGUUGACUUGACUUAAAAUUCUGGAGUUCAAUUCAUAACUUAUGUCAUGAAUUAUUUGCAGGAACCAGGAAAGUUUACAAGAAAAAGAGGAUGACCAGGAAGAAGUGGUCAUGACAGAGGAAGAUAUCCAGGAAUUAGAAUACAUUAAGGCAGGAUACUCACCACGCAUGUUCCAAGCAGAGGAUCUCACCAUUGAUGCUGUUAUUUAUGAUGAGGCAGAUGACGCAAAGAAACUUGAAUUAGCCAGGAAACAAGUGUACGCCACAGGCCGAGUCAGGGUUAGUGUGUUGUCAUUAACUGCAAAGGCUGUUGUUUGCCAGAUCUAUCAAACCCAUUUAAAAAAUGUUUUGAUAGUUGGUUUAAAAUGAUGGAUUUAAGAGACAUAAAAUAAUUAUUUGUAAAAGGAUUUUUUUUUUACUUCGAAUUUGUUUCUUAAAAUAAAUGUUCAAUAUAAUCACACUACUAGCACGAGCAUUUUAAAUUUUGUACCUAUUAAUAAAUUAACUUUGUUUCUUGUUAGACUGAUGGGGAGACAGAAUUUGAAAAGAAAGCCAGAGAAGGAAUGGAUUUGGAUGAGGCACAGUUUAGUGUUGAAUUAAACCUGGAGCAGCAGUCAUUCAUGUGGUCCGAUAAAUAUCGGCCUCGCAAGCCUCGCUUUUUUAACAGGGUCCACACGGUAAGGACUUUCAUUUUAUUCAUACGUAAUCAGUUGAUAUAUUUUUAAGUUUUUGUUUUAAAUGAUAGCAAUCAUUUGCUGAAUGUUUUGUUAAACUUAUUCCUGUCAUUUAUCUUGUAAUAUUUCAGGGUUUUGAAUGGAAUAAGUACAAUCAAACUCACUACGACAUUGACAACCCACCUCCAAAGAUUGUCCAGGGAUACAAAUUUAAUGUAAAAGGAAACUCUUUAAAAAAAUUUUGCUUCUGGUGUUUCCUCCUUCCCUAACCCCCCCCCCCCCCCCCCCCCCCCAAACAUGUUUUAUAUUAAUAGUAACGAGUGAAAGCUGCCACACAUUGACAGUUGAACUCGAGUAAAAGGUUGAAUUUUUUUGGAUGCGACUAUUAUAUUGAUCAUUGAUGAACCACGGAUAUGGUGUAGGACUAUUCUUUAAAGGCCGGCAGGUAGGUUAUAGAGCUAUCUGUAGGCCUAUUGUUUAAAGGUUGACAGGUAAGAUGUAGGACUGAGACUGUCUGUAGGCCUAUAAUUUAUAGUAAAGGACAAGUUAACUCUUUUUUUUUUUUUUUUUUUUUUAACACUUGGACCCACAUUUUUUUUUUUUUUUUUUUUUUUUGUAACACUUGGACCCACAUGUUUUUUUUCUCAAAAUACCUAACCAAGUGUAAAAAAAAAAACCUAGUAAAUAUAUAUUGUUGUCAAACACAGGAUACAUAAUGGCAAAUCAAUUACAGCAUUGCUUAAAGUAAAACCCAUUUCCCUAAAUCAAUUUGAAGAAUAUGGUGACCUGUAAAGUUAUUACAUUUAAUUACUCGGUUCCUCUAAUUUCGUGUGCAAUUUAAAGAAAUAAUAAUUGAAAAGUCUGCAAGAAUUUGUUUGUUUGAUUUUUGUAAAGAUUAAUGUUAAUAGUUUUAGUACAUGUUAUAUUAUGAUAAAUAUCUGCUUUGAUUCAUCCAUUUUCACACUUUAUUAUAUACAAGUAGGAAAUGAUUCAUUUCUUAUUUCUUUACACACAGAUUUUUUAUCCUGACCUCAUAGACAAAGCCAAAACUCCAGAAUACUUUGUUGUAAGUUAUCAAACCAACCCUUCACAGACAUUGAGUUUCUGUUGCUCAGUUUUGUUUCCAAAAUCAUAAUAAUUUUGUUGAACUACUCCACAAGAUAUCACACGUCUUCAAAAGAAAACUAGAACUAGAAGUCAAUAAUUUUAAUUCAUGUCAUUUUUUUUUGUGUGUGAAAUAAAUUGUGCUUGCUUUAUAUUUCUAAUUAUACUAUUUAUACUCUGUAUCGUACAUCUAUAAUAGAGUAAAGAAGAGUUGUUUUUUUUUAAAUAUUGUAAAAUUCAUAUUUACAAUAUGAACUCCAAUCAAUGUUUAAAAUUGUUGUUUUUUUGUUUUUAUAGACACCCUUAGAAGGCAGCAAAGACUUUGCUAUGUUAAGAUUCCAUGCAGGUCCACCCUAUGAGGUAAGUAAGUUUGUGGCAAUUUUUAUUUUUUUUAAAAACAUGUUAUUUCAUGUGCAAUUACAUUUAUUUACUGUGAAAAACUUUUUUAUAAGAAAAUUAUCCAGAUCUUUUUUAAAUGUUAAUAUUCUAUAAAGUUUUAAAAAAUAUAUCAAUAAGGUUUUUAAACACCUCAAACUGUAUCUUAUCAUUUUUAUUAUUUUGUCAUUCAUGUUUGAUCUACCUAGGAUAUUGCCUUCAAGAUUGUCAACCGUGAAUGGGAGUACUCAUAUAAGAGAGGUUUCAGGUGUCAGUUCCACAAUAACAUCUUCCAGCUCUGGUUCCACUUCAAGCGCUACAGAUAUCGUCGAUGAUUUGGCACAUUAAACUACAUUUUUUAACAUUGUAAAUGUGAUUUUAAAUGCAAUAUAAAUAUAAUUAACACUCAGAAUGAAAGCUUAUUUGUGUUAUAAGUUUCAGUUUUUAGUAUAGACCUCUUUGUAUUUACGUAACAUUCACACACAAUUAUAUGUUUUCUAGCAUUCAUAAAUCAUGCAUUUUUUAAAAAUUAACAAAAGUGAGACGCAGUAUACAAAAUUAUUUAAUAUCUCCCUUUCUCUUUUUUCAAAAUGAAACUUAUCUUUAGACUACCAGAUCCAUUUCUGUCUGCCAAGAUGAGAGGCACAAAUCAUUAAAAUUCAAAAUAUCAUAAACUUUCUUCGGAGCCUGCACAGUAGCCAGAUAUUUAUCAAGCUGUAAUCCAAAUCUUUGUCUGAGUGAAGAACUGCACCAGUCCAACAAAGGGCGGGGUUGGCCUGCCAAACUUUCUAUUCUCUCUAUUACUUCCUUAUCCUUAGUUGGGUAUUUGUGGGGCUCAAUCCAGUCCAUGUCAUCCUCCAGGUUGUAUCCUGCACGGAGAAGCAUCAGGGCAUUCGUGGUGUGGCCCUCCUCAAGACAAACUU